AUGCCUAAAACUCGUGAAUAUACUGAAUUUGAACGUGGUGAAAUUAUUGGUCUUUGGAAAGGUGGUCAUAGUGAACGUGAUAUUGUAAGCAUUCUUGAAUUUCCUAAAACCACUAUUCAGGAUACCAUUGAAAGAUACAAAAAAGAGAAUCAAAUUUCAGAUGCUCCUAGAUCAGGUAGACCUCCUAAAUUGUCUGAAAGGAACAUUAGAGAACUUGUAAAGAUUGUAAAAGAAGAUCGACAACAAUCUUUAAGGGAAAUAACUGAAAAAUUUAAUGAUUUAUCAAUAGUUUCAUUUGCUGGAUUUGAUUUUCAUUCUUGGUUCAACCUUGGAUUCAUACAAG